CCCUCGUCCAUGGAGCGGACAGCGGCCUCGCAACUAAUGCAAUCCUCCUGUCAGUACCUAUUGGAAAGCCGGCCGGUCCCCUACAACAGCGACGGCGGCUCCCCAGCCUCCUCCCCGGACAGCAGCGGUAGCGGGAAAGGCAGCACCAAGCCGGUCAAACGGCCGAGGUCCAGCUCGCCCGAGCUGCUGCGCUGCAAGCGGCGCCUGAGCUUCACGGGUCUGGGCUACUCGCUCCCCCAGCAGCAGCCGGCGGCCGUUGCCAGGCGCAACGAGCGCGAGCGGAACCGGGUCAAGCUGGUCAACCUGGGCUUCCAGACCCUGCGGCAGCACGUGCCCAACGGGGCGGCCAAUAAGAAGAUGAGCAAAGUGGAGACGCUGCGCUCGGCGGUCGAGUACAUCCGAGCGCUGCAGCAGCUGUUGGACGAGCACGACGCCGUGUCGGCCGCCUUCCAAUGCGGGCUGCCCUCACCCACACUCUCCCCUACCUACUCCACCGACCUCAACUCCAUCCCCGCAUCGCCGCUCUCCACCUACUCCUCGGAUGAAGGAAGUUACGAGGCUCUGAGUCCGGAGGAGCAGGAACUUCUCGACUUCACCAGCUGGUUUGACAGAUACUGAGACAGAUGUUUGAAGGGAAGCAUACCAAUACCUCGGCGUCAUCAUUUUUGUGCUACAAGAGGGGGAAAUAAAGAGGAGAGGGAUGGCGCGUUUCUGUUUACCAAGAGCUUCGUUUUCACUGCCAGCCUCCUGAGUGCUGAACAUCGGGGACCACAAACUACUCAGGACACACUUUUGAAGAUGCUUCCAAGAGAAAGCCACGAACAAUUAUAACUGAAGUGCAAUUUUGUAAAUAGCCCUCCCCAGUUACUGGAGGGGACCAUGGAGAGCGGACUGACAGGGUGCAGUCCUCGUGAUGCUUGUCUGAAAGGGGUAUCCAACAUUUCUGUAUAGCUAAUAUACCUGUUAAAGGGUGUGGUGUUAAAGGGGAAUGUCUCAGUGGCAUAAAUGCUAUCCGUCUGUCACAUACUUAUAUACCCUGUCGCUUUUUGGGAUCAGUUAAUAGGAAACUAACUUUAUAUUGGGUUUUAGAGUGGAGAAAAACUUGAUGCUUCCGUACUUCGAAAGAAUUUUUUGAUUCGGAUUGAUGUAAACAUUUCUAUUUUGUAUCUAUUCUUACUACAAGGAUUAUAUGAAGACUUAUUUUUGUAUAUAAACGAAAGCAGAAUAAAAUGAGCUGUCCAAAAGCAAGAUCUUAACAUGACUUACUAUAUCACUGCCACUAGCACAGUAUCAAAGAGUGCAAGAACAAAACAAUCUUUUUCUCCAUUUGAAAAGAACAGUUCCAUAUUGUUAACUAUGCUUAUCUAUGGCGUGCCUUGAAUUUCGUUUGUUGUAAUCUAGUUCUGCGAAAUUAACCCCCCAAACCCUUUCCGGUCUGAUUGAAGGUUGUUUUGAUACAUGGGGGACCCCAUGUAUGUGCACUUGCUGUGGUUACCUUGUUUGUUUUUACUAAACUUGUACAUAAGCAUUUUUUAA